AUGUCCGGUCGAGGAAAAGGUGGUAAAGGUUUAGGUAAAGGUGGUGCCAAACGACACAGGAAAGUGUUGAGAGACAACAUCCAAGGUAUCACCAAGCCCGCUAUCAGACGUCUCGCUCGACGAGGUGGUGUCAAGCGAAUCUCCGGUCUUAUCUACGAGGAGACCCGAGGUGUCCUCAAGAUUUUCCUUGAAAACGUCAUCAGAGACUCUGUCACUUACACUGAACACGCCAAGAGAAAGACUGUCACCUCCCUUGAUGUCGUCUACGCUCUCAAGAGACAAGGUCGAACCCUAUACGGUUUCGGUGCAUAA